AUUUUUAGCGUUCGUACGACAAAAUUCGCCGCGGCCGCACGUUCUGUUCUUUCGCAUUUCGUUCGUCGUUCGCAUAAGACGAGAUAAAUUUCAAAACACACGCAAAUAUCAAAUGCGAAAAACCAAACUCUAAAUUUGAUCGGCAACAAAAUUAAAUACAAAUUGGAGAAUAAAAAGUCAAAUUAUUGCGUAGAAAUUUUGUGUUGUGCCCCCCAAAUAGUGCCUCAAAAAAGUCAACAGCUGUCUGUUUUACACAACAAAAAUAAAAUAACAAAUUUACAGUUAUUAUAAAUACACACACACACACAAACACACGCAUACAAAUAGAUAACAAAAUUGAUCAAGUGCCAAAAAGCAACAAGUUCAAGUUUGUGCAGCAAAAUUUUGCAAAUUUCUCAGUGCAAUUAUUCACCCAACAACAACAAAAAGUGCAAAAAAAAUUAAUACAAAUUUUAAUUACAAAAAGAAGCAAAUUUCGCUGUUAAUUUGUUGAAAUAAAAAUAAAUUGUUUUCGAGGAAGAAAGGCAGGGAAAAAGUUUUCCCGCUGUGACGCCUGCGCAGCUGCAAAAUUCUAAUUGGAUAAAUUUUUUUUGCGGCACGCCGCCAAAACAGGAAACGGAAGCGGCUGCACGCCAUUUGUAAUACCGCAACAUCGAACGCAGCAUAAAAGAACUCGUUCAUGUAUUUAUGAGUAAUCGGAACACCCAAGCGGCGAUCCAUGUGGCACAUGUGGCACACGCAAUAACCCAGACGCACUGAGAGCGAGAGAGAGAGAGAGAGAGAGAGAAACGCGAAACACUUGCCUUGCCUUGUUGUCAUAUAUAAAGUAAACCGCAUCGACGGAUCAUUUGGGAAAAUGUUUGCACGGCUGCCGGCUGCUGGCAGCGGUGACAUUUAUCAGGAUGCAACGACAACGUUGCGUUCGGCAUUUCCCAAUUCUCGACUGGAUUCGCUUGCCGCAGCGCAUCCGACGCCCGCGAAUGAGAACGAACCGAGUGUGGACAGUCAGAUGCCAGCGCCCGAUGCAAGCGAUGCAGCAACGGGUUACAAUCCACUCGACGAUGAUUGGUGGUCGAAUGCCAUCGAGGUGGACACAUUCGAUUCGCCGCUGGCGUUCGAUGCCAGCGAGAAUGGGCUGUGGAAUGGACAUUUUGUGCCGCCGCCGCCGCGUCCGCCAUUUCUGGAUGAAAGCGUCGCCGCUGACGGUCUGACCACCUGUGAUCUAUGCACGUGGGCCUGGCAGCGUAAUGCCUACUCUCUGGAUGGUUCGAUAGAUACCGCUGGCGAACUCGGAUGGGCAUUCACCCUAAUUGUAGUCUCAAUCAUAUCGGCUCUUAUAGGUGCUAUUGUAAUGGUCAUAGUUCUAAGAUGUAAAAGAAUUAAAUCAGCGAAUGCCAAUGGUGGCCGCCCGCAGCCGUGGUGGUGUCGCAACAAUCGUAAUGCCGCCGGCGGACAAAAUCGUUCACCAAUCUCCAUCAAACACUCGGCGGACAGCAUUCGUCGUCCCACCAGCAAUUCGGGUGUCUGGACUUGGCUCGGCGGCAGUCGACGCUCUUCGGCGGGUCCCGAUCAGAUUGGUCCGCCAUCCACAUCGCCAGCCGAGAAUCAUUACACGCACAUGGAUGAUGCCUACAGUCCGGUGGGCGUCAGCGAAGCUCUCUACGCGGAGCUCGAUCGCGAGUCGGUGCGCUCAGCAAAUCCGUCGUACCAGAAUACGGCGUACAGUCAGUGUGGCGAGAAAUACAAUUUCCAAGCCCACGAGCAAGACAUUCCGAUGGUCGUCUCGUCAGCGCCAAGCAGCGCCUACUACUCGGAUCUUUCGGUGACGGCGAUGCCAGGCGGCGCCAGCGGCAGCAAUCAGGGCGCCUAUGAGAUAGUUGGCCUAAAUGUCAUGUCCCAGCCGCUGCCCAACUGGGAUCAUCACGGUGGAGGCGGUGGAGGAGGCAAUGGCGGUGGUGGUGGCAACAAUGGUGUUGCAAUGGCAACAACUGGACUGUCGCCGGGUGAGGCGGGUGCAACACAACAGCGUCGCAUGCCACCACGAUUGGCGGCCAUCAAUGAGACGAGCACCAGCACAGUGCCCUCAGACUAUGUCUGAGCAGUUGAGUUUGUAAUUUAGUAAAGUCUUCUUUCACUUUGAAAAAGGAAAACGACGGAGUAACGAGCUUAAAAAUGUUAAUGUAAUACGUUAAACGCGAAGAAAACAGAAAAAAUUAAACACAAUCUAAACAUAUACAUAUAUAUAUAGCAUAGUAUAUAGAAUAUAGCAUUUAUAUAUUAUAUAUACACACAAUUUAGAAUUAUGAAUGAUAAUAUAUUUAUAUUUAUAAUAUGCUAGCUUAGAGUUGGCGUAGUCUCGAUUUGUGUCUUUGGUUCGAAAAAUGUCUGAAUUGUAAUAUAGUGUGACAGAUUUUUCUACAUAUAGUACAUACAUACAUACAACAAACAACAAGCAUGUAUUAUAAAUCUAGUUUUUAUAUAGUGUUAAACAGCGAUUUAAUCGUGGGUGAUAUUUAGCCUAAAUAUGCUAUAUUCUUAUGUUCUUAUGUACUUUAACAUUUUCCAAAAAUGUAUAAAAAACAAAAA